GUGGCAGACGGAGAGAAGAGGCAAGGGAGAAAAGCAGACAGAGAGAGGGUAGAUAUCAGCUUAAUAAUGUCAGGAAACCAGGAAAGAAUACACCAGAAAAACACCAUUUACUUCCUGACAUAGUAGUAGUACACACUAGUCUAGGUGCCAGUCUGUUCUUGCUUUAACCAACUUGGCAUGACAACAACAUAGCAUUAAAAGCAACAACAGACAGGUGUUUAGGCUACAGCAUGAGAAGAAAAGCAUGUUAAGAGUAUUAAACCAGCUGAGCAAAGUACUGCAUUGUUGUUGUUUUACAGCUCAAUAUCCUUUCUCUACAGUAAUCAUCACCUAACUCAGAUCACAACUUUGUCUGCCUCGUGAACUGAACACAAUACCUUAACUUAACAUAGAACCAGCCUCGUACCUUGACAGUCUGUUUGUUGAGGGAGGUCUGCGUGCUGUCCAGCUGCAGCUGUUUCUGCUGUCUCUCUCUGUUCAGCCUCUCCUGCUGGACCUGCAGCUCCUUGACCUUCUGCAGGGCCCGGCCAGGCAGGCCCACCGUCCAGUCCUCCUCUGCCCAGCUCAUCGCCUCCCGAUCAGGGUAGAUCUCUCAGACACCAGGGUACACUGGAGAACCAGCCUGAUGACAUAACAAAACUGCUGGUACCCCCUGCUGCUACGCUGCUCUAGUUGGCUGACUGGAUAUGUACAGACUGACAAGUCUAGCAACACCUCCAUGUGUGCUUAUGAGAUGUUCCCCUGGUCAGCAGUGUUUUCUCUGGAGCCGAAGGUGCCUGGACAGCGUACUGCAGAAGAACUAGUCACCAACACUCUGAUGCUGGAGCUGGGUGCCAUGGUGAAGCGCACCGAACGUAUCCACCUGGAGAGGGUGACACAAGAGGGCCGGCGCCGACGCAGCUCCUCCUCUGCUGAUUAUAGAUGGCUGGCCACUGCCCCCACCCACCAACCCUACGAGCUGACCCCCCAAGAUCUGAUAGAACUGCAGGACCUGUGUGCCAGGGUGCCACCAUCUCAGUGUGGCCCUGUCAUUGUCAGGUUCAGGAAUCUGGUGACAAAGACCGAGCCGGAAGUUUACGAGGUGGCUCGUCUGUUCCGCACGGUUCUACAUGACUGUGUGGAGGGAGAAGAGGAGAACGAGGAGAUGAGGAUGAGGUCAGCCGGCUGUGACAAACAACGCAGCAAGAGCCUCUCCUUUGUAACCUUCCGCUCCAAGUUCCGCCCUGCACCCAUCAGGGGCGGGGCCCUGGGCGGGUCGCGCGGCAACCUGCAGGAGGAGUCAAGCUGGUACGAGGAAGAGGUGGAGGAGCAGGAGGGAGCAGCGAAUGUGGCGAGAGCGGCCAGGAAGGGGAGGAGCAUGAGCAUGCCUGAUAUCACCCCCAUCGAACAGAGUGCACUUGGCUGAAAAAGGGAGGGACAACUGCUGAUGUAAAAAGGGCUUUAUAAAAUACAUCUGAUUGAUUGAGGAAGGGAGGAAUGGGACAAAGAAAGGAAUGUCGAGAAGUCAAAUAUGUCUCAAGGUGAGACAUGCAACAUUGACAGCUCACACCUCAGCAGAUUUCCACUUACUCUUUAGACAAAAAGAUGCAGCUGUAUUAAACAUAUACUAGAGUGGAAAUGCAAGCUUAGCCAGCAGAUGUAUGCCAUAAUAUUUCAAACAUUGUUUUUAUUGUGAAUUACAUCUUCUGAACGUGUGAACACUCGAAAUGCAAAAUGAACUUGAUUUUGAAUGCAUCAAAUAAAACCUUAUCUUUCAACAGA